AUGCCACCUAAAGGAAGGCCAGCAAAGAAGAAAAGAAAUAUAUCAGGUCUACGGAAUCAAGGAUCCAGUGAAUCAAAGCCUACAGAUAGCAAUCCUCCAAGUACAUCAUCUACAUCACAGUCUUAUCAAUGGGAUCGGACAACCAUCAACAAAAAGAAACCCCUAUACAAGCUCAAAGAGGAAGCUAGUAGUGAGAAGGGCCUGUCUGACUCGGAAUCUGAAUCCGAUCUCGAAUUGGAUGAUGAAAAUGAUGGAAUUGAUACAGACUGGAAGGGGUUCAUGAAUGCCGAGUUCAAAAAGCGAUUGGCCAAGCAAUAUUGGGACAUCAAAGAAAAGGAGAAUGAUAUGGAGUGGCUACCAUACAAACUUCGUGUUAUGGUUCAAGGAAAACAAGCAGUGAAAAAAGGUCGACCGAAGGUUUACCAAAAGGGGCCCAAUAUUAUGAGCAAGCCUGCUCGUACUCAGAGAGACCAUAAAGAAUUAAUACGGAAUCAGUCAAAUCUUGAUCGAUAUCUCAAUAUGCCAAUUCACUCACCUGGUCCCAGCACGCCAAUUGUACCCCAAAUGCGAAAGGCAUCCAAGCGCAGUACUUCAUCUCAUGAAACAAUCGAGCCUGAUUUAAGGUCCAACUCGUCAAUUGAGAUUUUGGAAACAUCUGGGUUGCCGUUGCAAGAAGAUACACCUGUACCGGAGUCCGAAAUCUAUGAAGAAACAGUCAAUGACAAAAACAACAAUAGUAUAUUUGAUCAACAAAUAGAAACAGCACAUAAGACAGUUUAUUUAUAA